CGUAGGGAAACCCCGGAAAAUGAAGCACAAAUGGAGUUGGAACUUUGUUGGUGUGUGCAACAUUUGGAGAAAGCACUUAAUUCGAAUAAGCUAUCCGAGAAAGCUUCUGCUGGUGUCGCGAAGUAUUUAGGAGUACAAACUGCGCCGUUUGUUGAGAAGCGUCAAGUAAUGAAGGCGGCGUUGGGCGACUACCGUGGAAAAAUGCGGAAGGAAGAGAAAAAGAAAGCAAGAAAAAGAUAUAAGGCAAAAAAAAAAUUUAGGCGAACAAUUAAAGCGAACAAGAAGUCCACUUUCCUCAAAAGGUCCGCUAUAAUGCAAACGGAUAAAGAAUUUCGCUUCAACUUUUUACCUACACAAAAGGACGAUACAUCUGAACCAGCUGAAAUCGAUGUUAAGAACACAGCGACUGUGGAGAUUGAGCAUGAAAGUAGCGCAUUUAUAAGCAAAGACCUAAAUCUAAAUACUGGGAAUUGCUUUAAAUUGAACUUUGCAAUAGAUGAAGAAACUGAUGAUUUAAAUUUGAACGGAUUGUCCAUUAAAUGUUAAAAAUAAUAUAAGAAAGUAACUGCAUCGAAUUUUAUGUAUAGUAUAUGUAAUAAGAGAAUAUGGUAGAUUAUUUCUUGGAAAAGAUGCGGUAAUAUAUUCUGAUGAUGCGCCUUCGCACCGAGUCCCGAUUGUGCUGGAUUAUUUGACCAAACACCAAGUAAACACCAUCGUGCAAGCACCGUAUUCACCUGAUAUGGCCCCGUACGACUUCUUUUUGUUUCCUAAGUUGAAGUUACCACUUCGUGGAAAAAGAUUUCAGUCGAAUCUCUUCCUAUUAAUCCGUACUCCUACUACUACUAUUUUUACCUUACUUUCCUUUUAAAUACUUUCUCCAACUUAUACUUCUUUACUACUAUCUGAAAUUUUAAUUUUAAUUUUGAUUUUACUGUUAAUCCUUUUAUGUAAACUAUUCUUAAGGUCAAUCAUUGUAAAAAUAACCUAUGGUUGUAUGUUUGACUUUAAUAAUAAUAAUAAAUAAUAAUAAAUAGAGGAGAUCAAAGAGAAUGUGACGAAGGAGCUUUAAUACACAGUAAUAUUUUCAAAGUAGGGAAACAUACAUUGUGUUAAAGCAGUAAACCACAAGAGCCCAUAUUGAUCGUUAAGUCAUUUGGUUCUGAAAAAUUUUAAUACCUCUUACAAAUAAUCUUACAUUCAGAAAUAUUCUUGGAGAUAUUUGGGGGAUUUUGGAACAAUUAUAAAGCAAGGAGAUGGAAUUUAUCAGUUAAUGUGCAUUGUAAUAUAAUAUAAUCGUUUAAUUAUGAAACAUAUUUGAGCA